CUGAAUCUCACUGAAAUACAUGAUGAUGUGUAUUUAUACUGAAUAUAUAAACCUUGUUUGUCCUGCAGUGGACCACUCCCUGAAAAUGUUCGCAACUGGAUCUUCUGGAGUCGCAAACUUGCCAGAUUUUGUAGUAACUGCAAUGGUUGAUGAAAUUCCAAUAGUUACCUGUGACAGCAACAAAAAGAUAGAGAUAAAACAGGAUGCGAUAAAAAAAUUAUUUGAAGACAAUCCUGAUCAGUUUGAGUACUACACUCAACAGAGUUUUGAGAUUCUGCCAAACUUUUUCAAAAACUGCAUUGAGAUAUUGAAGCAGGACUUCAACCAAAGUGGGGGUGUCCACACUUUACAGAGGGUGAGUGGUUGUGAGUGGGAUGAUGAGACUGGAGAGGUUCAUGGUUUCAAUCAAUUUGGUUAUAAUGGAGAAGACUUCAUAUCAUUGGACCUGAAAACAUUGACAUGGAUCGCUCCUAAACCACAGGCUUUCAUAACCAAACAGAGAUGGGAUGCCGAAAAAGCUAGAUUAGAAAUCAAUGUGAAUCACCUCACACAGAUUUAUCCUGAGUGGCUGAAGAAAUAUUUGGUCUAUGGCAACAGCUCUCUGCUGAGAACAGAGCUUCCCUCAGUGUCUCUCCUCCAGAAGACUCCCUCCUCUCCAGUCACCUGCCAUGCUACAGGUUUCUACCCUGACAGAGCCAUGAUGUUCUGGAGGAAAGAUGGAGAGGAGCUUCAUGAGGACGUGGAGCACGGAGAGAUCCUCCCCAACCAUGAUGGAACCUUCCAGAUGAGCGUCGACCUGAACCUUUCAUCAGUCACACCUGAAGACUGGAGGAGGUACAACUGUGUGUUUCAUCUCUCUGGUGUGAAGAAAGACAUCGUCACCAGACUGGACAAAGCAGAGAUCAGGACCAACUGGGAGGAGCCGAGUCACAUGACCGUCCCCAUCACUGCUGCAGUGCUUGCUGUCGUCCUCAUCGCUGUCACUGGAUUCAUCAUUUACAAGAAAGCCUCACGUCCUCCAUCUUCUGCUGACAGCUCUGAGCUCUCUGAGAAUCUGAAUCCAGAGGCCUGAAUGACAAACAGUUUC